GACUAUCACUUCAGUUUUGGCAACUUAUUUCACUGAAUCAUUUCAAUAAAAUGUCAAUUUUGUGUACCAAAAUAGAAAACGUUUCGGAACCAAUGAUUCGUGCCAGAAUCGAUCCAUCAACAACGGAUAAAUUUCCAUUCGGCAGUGAUUAUGCAUUUUCAUCUUGUGUUCUUCCUGAAAAGUAUAUAAAAAUUGCAGACCAUAUUCAGAACUUCAAAGUUCGGCCGGAUGAUGUAUGGGUGUGUAGCUUUCCAAAAUCGGGCACAACGUGGAUGCAAAAUAUAGUGUAUCAACUCAAAAAUAACUUGAUAAUGUCUGAAAAUUAUAUUACCCCCAUUUAUGGAUUUAUUGAAAAUUCAAUGCUUUUUCGAAGCAAUGCUGACGACGCAUAUACUGCCAUUGCUCAAGAGGCGACUGAUUUAAUCGAUGAGCUUGAUAAAUGGCCGUCACCAAGGAUAAUUAAAUCGCAUUUACCAGCAUAUCUGUUACCGCAAGACAUUUGGACCGUCAAACCAAAAUUGAUUUACACGUAUCGAAACCCUAAAGAUGCAGCCGUUUCGGAUUACCAUUUUAUACACAAUUCGAAAAAUUUUAAAUUUACUGGUUCAUUGGAGGAAUAUUUGGACCUAUUUUUGACUGACCAACUUGAAUACGCCCCAUUUCAUGCAAAUGUGAACAGUUAUAAGCAAUUAAAGCAAUUAGAUCACAUCAUGCUGAUUACCUACGAAGAAUUAUCGGCGGAUCUAGUUGGCAUCAUUAAACGAAUUAGUGAAUUUCUAAACUGCCAAUAUAAUGAUGAUCAAAUGGAACGAUUGGCAGAAUAUGUUUCAUUUCGAAAUAUGCGAACUCAAGGAGAAGAACCGAAAUUUUUUCAAAAAGACUUCAACUUUUUCCGCAAAGGUAAGGUGGGUGGUUUUCGAGAUGAAAUGAACGAGGAGUACAUUCGACGCUUCAAUGAAUGGGAAAAGGAGCAUUCUUAUUCGGAGGAAAAAUAGUCAUUCAUAACAUUUGAAUGUUUUUUUUUUCUAAGGGCAAUCUUAUUUCUUUAAAUUUGAAUAAAUGGUCUGCGAAUUGUACAAUUUUAUGAUUUUCAAAUAAAACCUGCUAUAUAAAGGAACGGAA